GGAAGGCAAUACAUUCAGUAUACUUUGUGGGAUUGCCGAAACAUUGUGUGAAAAAUUCAAGUGCUUCGACUCAUUUACGUGUCCCGGAGUGAAGUUCGGAGUUAUUAAUUGUGUGUUAGACAGUUAUACAAAUAGUGAGAAAAAGAUUAAGGCGGUCAGUUGUUUUCAUGAAUGAAUUAAUUACUGCACGAAACUAAGGAACAAUCAUCAUCACCAUAAUAAUGGAAGCUGACAUGGAUGAAAUCAUUGCCGGUUUGAAGAACGCCACCCUGGAGAAAAGCCCGGACAGGGCGCUGCCUCUGCUGAAGCAGAUAUCCGAAUCGGAAAGCAACCUCUGUGAUAAGUAUGACAUCAAAUCCGACCUGCUGGAUUUGCUCUCGCUGGACAAUCCGGCCGUUUGCGUCCAGGUGGCGCGGUGCAUCGCUGAAGUGGCUAAAACAGAGUCCCAACGGGACAAAUUCACCAAAGAGGACAUCAUCCGGAAGCUGAUCUCGUUUCUUUCGAGCGACAGUGAGAACCACAAGCUCGAUCUGAACAUUCAAGUGUGCCGAGCGUUGGGCAACAUUUGCUACGCCAAUGAUGAUGCCCGCAGCAUUAUCAAAGAGGUCGAGGGAGAUGUCAAAAUAUUCUCACUGUUGGACCUGGACGUUGACACCGACGAGGAAGACAAGGAUCAAUUUGUGCGGGUCCGAUGUGGCCUGAUAUCGAACUAUCUUCUCGGAACCGACGAUAUUGCCGAGCGUGCAGUGGAACUGGGCGUUAUCGGUAAAAUAGAGAAGAUUCUUACGCGUUGCGUGGCCGAUGUGGACAAAUAUGAAGAUCUCCUGUUGAACACACUUCCUCCAUUGAGCAUCCUGACCGAGCAGAUCAGUGACCUGUAUUUUGAUACGUCGCUCAACAAGCUGAUUGCGCAGAUACUGGCCAAGUGUACCAAUCCGGACUUGGCCGAGUCGUGUCUGGCUCUGUUGCAUUACGAGGCACAGAACGACGACGUGAAGCUGCUGCUGGCCGAGGAAGGCUUGUGCGAAACGAUCUACAAACUGCUGGAGAAGUACAAGACUUUUGCGAACACUGACGAAGCGCGGGUGCUGAUGAAGUUGGCCUGUGAUCUGAUUGUACUUAUUCUGACCGGAGAUAAAUCAAUGCAUUAUCUUUACACGACACCCUUACUUAAGUACAUGGAAGAGUGGCUGGAUUCGUACGACGUGGAACUGCUCACCACUGGCGUUUUGGCAUUGGGCAAUUUCGCCCGUACUGACAGCCAUUGCAUUUACAUGGUGGAAAAUAAAAUUAUGCACAAACUACUCUCUAUCCUGGCUAAGAACAACGGAGUCGACCACCAGAUGACCCUCCAGCAUGCCCUGCUGAGUACGCUGAAAAAUCUAGUCAUACCAAAACCCAACAAAUCAGCCGUAAUCGAAGCGGGCCUGGUGGACAUCAUUCUGCCGAUGUUGGAAAUUCAUCAACCGCCUGUGGUGUUCAAGCUACUCGGAACGCUACGGAUGACCGUCGAUGGACAAGAAAAACUAGCCCAGCAGUUGUUGCAGAACGAGAAACUGAUCAAACAGCUAGUGCACUGGAGUAAAACGUCCGAAUUCACCGGGGUCCUAGGCGAAUCGCUCCGAUUGAUGGCGUGGCUGAUCAAGCAUGCGUACCACGCCAACAAGGACCUCUCAGCGGCGGACGACACCGGACUGAAGAAGUUUGUAGCCGUGGAUGGUGCCGUGGCUAGCAUGGUUGGCAUGUUGACCUCAACCCAUCUGGUUAUGCAGAACGAAGCGCUGAUUGCACUCAGCAUUUUGUCCACAAUCUUUCAAAACAAGUCCACCGAUGGCACCAAGCUGGACGAACUGCUAGUGCACGCCAACGUGGGAGCAAAACUAGCGGAACAGAUCACGCUAAACGGGGAAACGAUGACGAAAGAAAUCGUCGACAAUUUGCAAACCUUUGUCAAACUACUCAAAUCUUCGGAGGCAUGUGCGGUACAUUUGAAGAAACACAACAUCGACGAACUGAUGAAGUCUAUACCUAGUCUUGUAGAAUACUGUACGCUUUAAGACAAAUUAGAAUAGUUUAGUAGGUACUCAGUAGUAGGUUCUGCUUCGGUUUGAUCUGACAAUGAGUUGAUCAGUGAGUAUUUUUUUAUAUAGUCAGCCUCUAUUUUGGCACACAUCUGGUAAGUAUCAGAUGUUCCAUCUGUCAAGACUACUGCGCUAUCACUUUGUGACGAAUCCGCCUCGGAGGAUUUCCAUUUUAAAAAACAUGGAUGGGAAGAUGUUCAAAUGAACUAGAGCAAAUGUGUUUUACAUUUGAGGAUUUUCAUUACCUUUCAAAAAAAUGGGCCGCAAAGUCUCCGAAUGCAAUGAUUUUUUUCUUCCAUGUCUACAUAUAUAAAAGUUAAAGUCAAGCUGAGAAACUGAUCACAAGAACACUCAUAAUUAUACAAAGAAUCUAUGAACAGGAUCAUCCUCAAUCUACGCUUCCAAGGAUACUGCAGACUAUUGGUGGCGAACCGUUUAACAUUAUAAUUUCUUUCAGUGAUGUACCCAAACCGUCUACCCUCGUUGGUUUGACCGCAUCUAAUCUGAACACUUUUUAAUUUGAACCCCGCUUAUCUGCACAUCGUUCAAACUAUAAAUGGUUCAAACGUCACGGGGUGGAGCGGAACGCAGAAUCAAAACAAAACAGCAAAAAGGGUUACCAUCAGUGUGUUUUUCGAUGGUUACAGUGUUACUAGAAGUUCAAAUUAAAAAUGAACCACGAUGGUUUGCAUGAGAUGUCGUUCAAACCAACGGGGGUUGACGGUACUAUUCUGCCUGCAGCCGAAUACCGGAUAUUUCAGCAUUCAUUAGCCGACGAAAAGAAUAUCCGGCCGCAUAUUACAGAUUUUAUUCCCUCUGUUCAUUGAAUUCUUUGACAUUGCGACCCGAAAGGCUCGGUAGUGAUAAAUCUGCCCUCCACAUUCGCAACUCUUUGCCAAAGUAGUGAGGAAGUGACUUUAAACGGUAGCAUUUCUAGUGAUUUUUGCAAGCAAUUUUAGUGGUUUUCGUUUUGAAUCCAAGGUAAAAACAAAUGCAAUUAAUAGUUUUUAGUCAUUAGCCGGCCGUUGGGUUUUCGAUAAACUUUUGAUAAAUUUUUUAGAUGAUUUUUAGAUUUUCGAGUAAGUUAAAUGAAAAUGACAAAAUAAAUAAAUAGGACUACAAAUAACUUAAAACAAUCAUUGCAUUUAUCGAAAACAUGUGCUAAAAUUUCCAAGAGUACUAGCAAAAUCGUAGGAAGCAACAGUAGAAGUGAUGCAUUUUUUGAUAUUCUGCAGAUCAUAUUUUGAACAAAAGACCCAUCCCUAUCAUUAAGAUUUAAACCCUUCCUUUCCGAGAGAAAAAUCCAACACCACUCUUUCUAAAAUCGUGAUGCGAUAAACGCACUUUCUUGUAGAGAACAAAAGCACAAACAAAAACUUUUCUAAAUUGAAACAAACUUAAAAUCUUAACACAACAUGUUGAAAACAUUUAAACCCAAAUAUAAGCAAUGUUUUUCAUAUUUAUCGAUAAGGAAAUGUUGAAAUGAUAUCUAUUGAACAGUUCACACCGUUCUAAAUAUACCAGAUGAUAAAAGUGAAAGAUUGUUAUUUACAAACGAUUGCAGACGCAAAUUAUGAAACAAAAAAAAAAGAUUGCUUUUACCACGUUCAACUGGAAGGAGUCAUUUCUUUUUUAAUAUUAAUGGUCGAAAAUAUUACGAAUCUAGAACAGAUGGUGUUACAACAUAAUUACAUCGUGAAAUUUCUACGAUCUUUAACAGCAAAAUAACCUUAGAUCACCAUACCACCUUAAUGCAUAUACCAUCAGAGAGCGCAAAUGGCACAUCGAAUAAAUAGAGAGUUGCAAAUAUGGAUCUUACAAACACAGUACCAGUCAGUAUCACAUGUAUCACACGGUAGCUAUAGUAGUAAUCUGCUCAAGUAGCAGACCCUGCAGUAAUCACAAAUCCCCGUAGAUGGAUGCUGAGAUGGGGCGUUCCAAACAGAAAAACCAGUUUAUUCGCAGUUUUAGUCAUUUACACACAAACACAGACAACAUUCAGCCAGAAUCUAUGGUAUCGAUAUAGGAUAAUUUUGCGAAAAUAAAAAUGCUCUGAUAAAUUAAAAA